AUGGAAGAAGAUUGGAUUUGUGCCAAAAUGAACGCCUUAAAUCUUGUAGUAGUUUUAAUAGUUCUAUACCAAACCCAGUAUUCAUCAGCCAAAGAUAUAACAACUUCGCUUGGUGGAUCCAAACCUGUUGCCAAUUCCGGAACACCCAAUGCUGCAGCAAAAUUAGACGGCUCCAGUCGCAGUGGUCUCGGAUUUGAUACGGCGUUCUUUAACAAUUUCAACUCCUUACACGGCGGUGGACUCAACACUGGAUACAGUACCUUUGGUGCACAAUGUCCCAUGCAGACUGAUAUUUUAGACAAUUUAAGAUUAUCAGAUGAUCCCGAAGGAUAUCCUGUCGAUGCCAUUGCUGCAGAACUGGCGCUACGUCCCCAAUUUGCUGCCUUUUUAGUUGAUCAAGCAGUUUUGCCCGGAACUGAUCCUACCAUUCCCGAAGACCCAAGAUUUUUAACAGCCAAUAUGACCUGUCCUUUCAUCCGCAAACAAUUAUGGAGCUUCUUCAAGAAUAGUAGCAGCAUCUGUUGGGUUCUCCAGAAUUUCCAGGCACAGAUACUCUAUGCCGAUUGUCUCUUCAAGACCUGUCAAUUCUGUUCUAAUCCAUUUGGUUUCAACACCGAGAACCAAUGUUUGAAGCAGUACGAGACCGUCUCAGCCUACGUGUUCUGUCCUAGCAUCGGGUUCCCUCGAAUCAUCAGUGAACGCUUCAUCAUCCCCAGAUACUGUACCUGCAAGGUCGUCAACUGUCAAACCCAGACACUGCACCAUCCCGGUAUUGGUGGAUACGGUGGUUUCGGUACCUUUGGAAAGAAAUAA